UCACAACUCUGAAUUACAAAAAUAAUGCUGCUCCAUUGAUUGAAAGUAGCCUACUGAAGCACGUUUGAGAAGAAACAUUGGGACAAAAAUGCUUUCCGUUGGUUGGUUUGCAGUUUCUGCAUUUCUUUUGCGAGGUGCGUCUGGUUCAGACGGAGUCUCGGUGUCAGUGAUGGAGGGAGAUUCAGUCACUUUAAACACUGAGGUUAAAAGAAACCACACAGAAAAGAUUAACUGGUAUUUUGAUGACACUCGCAUCGCUCAAAUCAGUGGAAAUCUCAGUUAUUCCUGUACUGAUGUUCAGUGUAAUAAUGGCACUGAGAGAUUCAGAGACAGACUGAAGCUGAACAAUCAGACCGGAUCUCUGCGCAUCAGGAACAUCACAAUCACAGACUCUGGGAAAUAUAUACUAGUGAUCAUCAACGGCAGUGAUACUGAAAAGAUCUUCAAUGUUACCGUUGUUGGUGUUUCUGCAGCUGAACGAGGUGAAAUAAGUGUGAAGGAGGGAGAAAAUAUUACUUUAGGUCCCGGUGUUAUAAAAAAACCAAUUGAUCCGAUGAGGUGGUAUUUCAAUGACACUCUCAUCGUUGAAAUCACUGCUGACCAGUGUAAGAUCUGGACCGAUGAACAGGGUCAUAGUAGUAAUGAGAGAUUCAGAGACAGACUGGAGGUGAAUCAGACCGGAUCUCUGACCAUCAAAAACACCACGAACACAGACUCUGGAGUUUAUCAUCUCCAGAUCAACAGCGGCAGAUUCGGCGUCAUCAGGAGCUUCGGUCUCACGGUCACUGGGGCCGCGGUGCAAGCUCCCAUUCGAAAGGUUUCAGUUUCAGGUCUGGCUUCAGGGAUACGCGUGACUGUUUUCCGGGGCAUUAUCGACAGUUGUGAUUUGAUGAAGGCGCUUCGCAAAGGGAGAGAAGAUGAAAAAUAAGCUCUGCCAUCUGUCAAAAUUCCAAGGAGGAGAUGGAAAAAGGUCACGUGAUUGGAGAGGAUCCCAAGUGGUUCAUGGAUCUGCAACACUAUGUCCAUACUUGAGCUGUAACCUAAAAUACUUACUAAUCGUAAAGCACUUUUUACAUGUUGUGAAGACAAUAACAUACCUGCUACUAGAAGCACAUAUAAUUUAGGACGUUUAGAUCAGAACGUUACUAACAUUACCUGCAGCUGGAAUAAUGUUACAUUCAUAAUUUAGCAUGUUUGUUAUAAUAAGUGUCUUGCUUUAUGGUUAUGGGCUGAAGUGCUUCUGGAGUGAAGCUUCUGAAAGAAACUCGUGGCUAUUAAACCACUAGAUGCCACUUAUUAACUUUUUAACUAUCUAUACAUUAUUUGUAUUCAGUUUAACAAUAACCUAUUUGAGAAUUUAGUUGUCUUGAUAAAUGCUUUGUGACGAUAAGAUGGAAACAAUCAAUUCAGCAUUUAACCAUGAAUUUACACAGACAUAAAACAAAACUACCAUGAGUUCUCAGGACAGUCAACAUUGCUUUUUCCUGUAUUAGAUGGCCAGAUUCAGUGUGAAGAAGAUAUGUGCUAUACUGUCAGUUUUUAUGCCUACUGUAUUAAUGUACUGUAUUUGCAUACUACACUGUGCAAAAUGUCAAAUAAUUCAUCCACCUUGUUUUGCUUCAAAACAAAGUGUGUAUCAGCUGGAGGGUUUGGUUCAUUUGAACUCAUUAGAAUUGGAAAUUUAACUUGAAAAAUACUCCCAUAGCAUAUGAAUCUUACUACUCCCUUUGCAUUUUAUUUGCACGUUUGCAUUUUAAGUAUAUCAUAUUUGCUGUUGUUUUUAAUGACAGAGUGUGAAAAAAAUGUAUCAGUCUGCUGUUUUAAAUAA